GGCCCGCACUCGCCGCGUUCAGGCCCGCUUCCGGUCCACAGCCGGAUGCGUGCGGACGGUGCCCGCUGCGUCUGAGUUCACCCCAUGGUGUUACCCCUGUAGAGAAUGGCUGUCGCCUCUUCCUGCAGCGUCAAGCUCCACUCCGCCUCAAAGUCGAUAUAAGCGCUCCUCUGUGCAAUGCGGUUGGAUGGAAACAACCCUUUCACUGCUGUUCAGAUGUGCACUUCCUGUACUUCUUCACGGAUAUGUGCUAAGAGCUUAAUGAAAAUGGACACACUUCUUGACUUCCUAGAGCAAGUAGACUAACAGGGAAGAUAGAUGAUUUCCUUCAGUUUACCCUGAAUUUUAUGUGAAAAUGAAAUGUGUUGCCAAGAAAUGCGGAAUUAGGUUUCAGCCCCCAGCCAUCAUCUUAAUAUAUGACAACGAAACCCAGGGAAAGAGUCGCCAGCGCAUCAUGCCAGUCCGAAACUUCUCCAAGUUCUCAGAUUGUACCCGAGCUGCUGAACAACUAAAGAAUAAUCCACGGCACAAGAGUUACCUAGAACAGGUGUCCCUGAAACAGCUGGAGAAGCUGUUCGUCUUUUUACGCGGUUACUUGAAGGGACAGAGCUUGGCAGAAACCAUGGAGCAGAUUCAACGGGAAACAACCAUUGACCCCGAGGAAGACCUGAAUAAACUGGAUGACAAGGAGCUGGCCAAAAGGAAGAGCAUCAUGGAUGAACUUUUUGAGAAAAAUCAGAAGAGAAAGGAUGACCCCAGCUUUGUGUAUGACGUGGAAGUUGAGUUCCCUCAGGAUGAACAGCUGCUGUCCUGCAGCUGGGACACAGAGUCAGCGGAUGAGUUCUGAGACCUCCUGCUCCAUGUCUCCACAAAGAACAAAGAUCGGUCCUAGAAAAUGUGUAAACACUAAUGUACAUAUAAAACCAAAACACUUGCGUGUGUUGUGUGGGUCUAUGAGAAACACAGAAGAACAGUGUGGGAAUGCUCUGUAAGGAGCUGGCAGUCUAAAGGGAAGGUAACUCAGAAACGUGUAAACAGAUAUUUUAAUAAUAUUACUCAGGAGAGAGACUAGAGCCAGGUUUUCAGUGAAGGCUGAAGAGGGUGAGAACCUGGAUUAUGGCUCCCAGAAUAGCAAGGAAGACUUUCUCUCAGCAGAAAGGGUCCUGUGCAUGGCCCUGGAAUGCUACAGAUGUUUUUGUAAAAAUCUGGAUGAAAUAAAGGGGGAAGGGUGUAGUAAAGAGUCACGACAUAGAAGAUUUUGGGAAAGAGUGAAUAAUUAUAGUUUGACAAGAUUGGAAUUAACCUGUGUUCAUUAUGUCUCCCUGUGUAUUUGACUCCGGGGUAGACAAAAGCACCUGCAAAAUGCCUCACAGUGCAAGUGUAGGCAGUGUGACAGACAAAGGCAAUUCUGUCCCCCCACGAUCAGGAAAUGUACACUAAAGUUACUCUGAAACCAGAACCACUUCCUGUGAGAGGCUGGUUUAUACGGUGGGAAGUUCACCCACAAUGAGUGAGCAAUAGGUUCUCCUGUCCAGACCUGCACAGGAGUUAGAUGUGCACUGAUCUGUUUAGCACGGCCACUGUGUGCAGAUGUGUUUGUUCUUACUAGACUAUUAUCUGAUUGAUAGAAAUCAUAGGUUUUCUACAAGGGAACUCUUACUCUUUGAAUAAAGCUGGAGCUGAGUGUUAACUCUUACCAGUUUUUCUUUUCCUCCCUUUUUUCUUUCCUUCAGUCUGGUGUUUUGGUUGCCAGGGGUUGCUGAUUUGUGAAAGUUAGACAAAGGAUCGUGCUUUAUUAUGGCAUCUUCAGGGGUAUAUCAAUAACCUCUGUUCCUAUCCCCCCGACCUCUGUCCCCUUGUCUUCUUACUGACCCCCUUCUUUCCAGUCACCCUCUUCUGCUUUCAUGUCCCCUGUGUUCUGUUGCCUUCUGUACCCCUUAAAGUUCCUUCUCAUAGUGCCCCUUUUAGUCCCCCACCCCAGCACAUCCAUACCCAUAUAAAAACCUAGAUUUUGGCCAGGUGGUGAUGGUGCACGUCUUUAAUCCCAGCACUCAGCAGUUCGAGGCAGGUGGAUCACUGAGUAUGAGGCCAGCCUGGUCUACAGAGUGAGUUUCAGGACAGCCAGGGAUACACAGAGAAACCCUGUCUCAAAAACAACAACAACAACAACAAAAAAUAACAUAGAUUUUUGGUGUUGUUGUAUACGAGAGAAAAUGUUGUAUUUGUCUUUUUGAACUUUUAUACAGCAUGAUGUCCUUUUCUCUCCAUUUCCUGUAAAUAUCAUAAUUUCAUUUAUUUAAGGCUAAAUAAAAUUGCAUUGUGUAUAUGUA